CCUGCCCCUCCCCCCCCAGGUCUCCGUUCUCUCCCUUCCCCCCGGGUCUGUGCUGGGACCCGGGUGCGGUUGCGGGUCUGGGCCGGAGCCGCCGGUCUUCUCCGAAGAGCGGCCGCCACCUGGGGCGAAGGUGGCUCUGGGAUAGCGAGUCGGCCUUGGGGGCGGUGGGAGGGCGGCGGGAGGAUGAGCUCCCCGGGCGCCGAGAGCGCGGCGAAGAGCCUGCAGUACCGAGUGGACCACCUGCUGAGCGCCGUGGAGAGCGAGCUGCAGGCGGGCAGCGAGAAGGGCGACCCCACGGAGCGCGAGCUGCGCGUGGGCCUGGAGGAGAGCGAGCUGUGGCUGCGCUUCAAGGAGCUCACCAACGAGAUGAUCGUCACCAAGAACGGCAGGAGGAUGUUCCCGGUGCUGAAGGUGAGCGUGUCCGGACUGGACCCCAACGCCAUGUACUCCCUCCUGCUGGACUUCGUGGCAGCGGACGGCCACCGCUGGAAGUACGUCAACGGGGAGUGGGUGCCGGGGGGCAAGCCGGAGCCGCAGGCUCCCAGCUGCGUCUACAUCCACCCCGACUCGCCCAACUUUGGGGCGCACUGGAUGAAGGCGCCGGUCUCCUUCAGCAAAGUCAAGCUCACCAACAAACUUAACGGAGGGGGUCAGAUCAUGCUGAACUCCUUGCAUAAGUACGAGCCUCGAAUCCACAUCGUGAGGGUCGGGGGCCCGCAGCGCAUGAUCACCAGCCACUGCUUCCCCGAGACCCAGUUCAUCGCAGUGACGGCGUACCAGAAUGAGGAGAUCACAGCCCUUAAAAUCAAGUACAACCCGUUCGCGAAGGCGUUCCUCGAUGCAAAGGAAAGAAGUGACCACAAAGACGUGGCGGAAGAUCCUGGAGACAGCCAGCAGUCCGGGUACUCCCAAUCAGGGGGGUGGCUCCUUCCUGGAACCAGCGCACUGUGUCCCCCAGCCACCCCCCACCCUCAGUUCGGAGGCCCCCUGCCACUUCCCUCCACACACAGCUGCGAAAGGUACCCCGCCCUGAGGAACCACCGUCCUUCCCCCUACCCCAGCCCUUACGCCCAUCGGAACAGUUCUCCAACCUAUUCCGACACCGCCCCCGCCUGCCUGCCCAUACUUCAACCCCACGACAACUGGCCCAGCCUGGGGGUGCCCGCCCACGCCAGCAUGCUCCCCGUGAGCGCCAGCGCCGGCCCCCCUGCAGGCUCCAGCCAGUACCCCAGCCUGUGGUCCGUGAGCAACGGCACGGCCCCGCCGGGUGCACAGCCCGCAGGAAUGUCCGCCGGGCUGGGGCCCCAGUUCUUCCGAGGGCCCUCCACCCAGCCUGCAGCCCUCGCCCACCCAGGCUCGGCCUCCGCCUCCUCGGGGUCCCCGCUGUACGAUGGGGCCCCCGCGGCUGCCGACGUCCCCGACAGCCAGUACGACGCGUCGGCGCAGGCCUGCCUCAUCGCCUCCUGGACCCCCGUGUCGCCGCCCUCCCUGUGAUCACGCCGCGUCUUAAAAGACGCGAUGACUUUGUUGUGGCAACCAGUGUUGAUGCCAUUGAUCUACCAGGUACAGGUGGCAGCCUCGCGGGUCAGGGGAAGGAAACGGCCCUCUUUCCCCACUGCCACCGGGAGGACGAGGACGCAUGCGCGUUGUGCUACUGCUCAGGCGGCCCCGCCCCCGUGCCCCGCCCGGGCUGCUCAGGGUCACCAAGGGGUCACCCCUGCUCAGCAGCCGGGUUCCUGCAGGUGGCUGCGUCCCUUGCGAUUGAAGGUAGAGCAGACUGCUGUGCGCCAGGAACUUUCCGUUUUCCUGGAUCGGGCGCAUCAGAAUUGUAAACUCCGCUAGAAUGGGCUCUUUGAGCAGAGGUAGCGGACUCUUGUAUUGUUAAACCCACCCCUGUUUAUGGUUUUGUUUUGACAAAGUAGCCAGACAAUCAGCGGAAGGCAGU